AUGGUUAACCUUAGACCUAGCAAUUAUUCCUCAUUGUCCUCUGUGUUGGUAGUUGGUGAAACAGGAUCUGGUAAAUCAACUUUUAUCAAUACACUCACCAACUAUUUCUUGGAGGGAUCAUUCCCUAAUGAUAUAAAGGUAUCAAUUGAGACAAAGUUCCUAAAGCCAACACAAAGAGGUUUGAGACAUAGUGAACUAAAUGUGAGGGAUACAACAUCUAGCCAGACAAAUGAAUGUACCGAGUACAAGUUCACCAAGGAUGGACAUACCUAUGUGUUCAUCGACACACCGGGCCUUUCCGACACGCGUGGCAUACAUCAAGACGAGAUCAAUAUCAACAAGAUCAUCAAUGCCGCUGACCAGGCAUCUUCAUUGUCUGCCAUCAUCCUCUUGAUCAAUGGGAAGGAUUGCCGUGAUGUAAUCUCACUCAAGAGUGCCAUCACCCGUCUCCAGGGCUCCAUCCCCGAUGUGAUACUCAACAACUUGGUGAUUGUGUUCACCAAGUGCCAAGAGUACAAUCGCAACUUUGACCUCAAGGCUCUGGGAAACCUCCAGUCGCGUUCGGUGUUCCACAUGGAGAACUCGGCCUUCUCGACAGAUCCCGCCACUUGGAAUGACCAAGCCAAGAAGAGUCUUAAACGAGAGUUCAAAGAGUCUAUGUUCACUGUCAAUAAGAUGAUGAGGUCCAUUGCCAGGAAGGAUGUCGUGUCGACCUCGGCCUUUGGUACAAUGAGGAACCAUCGAUUCAAGAUCAAGCAGACUCUUCACAAGGCCAAGAUUGACAUCAAGCGUAUCCAGGAUCUCCAGGAUGAGGUCUGGCAGGCACAAAUAAUGCUUGGACAGUACUCAUCGGACCAGGCCAAGUUCCAGAACUACACCAAGAAGAAGACCGUGAUGACGACCGAGAUGGUGGACACACCAUAUCACAACACGAUAUGUAGUGAGUGUAACCAUGUUUGUCAUGAACAUUGUGGACUUGAAGAGAUAUCAUCCAAGGGUGACAAUGCAUUCACUGGCUGUGUGGCCAUGAAUGGACUGAACAACUGUUCCAAAUGUCCAGAGAGAUGCUCCUACAUCACUCACUACCAUGGAAGACACACCAUCGUAAAGCAGCAAAAGACAUUGGAGGUCGAGAUUGGACACAUGAAGGACAAGUACCAGAAGGCGCAGAUGGGCAUGUCCACGGCCCAAUCCAAGAUAUCAUCCAUCAAUGAUGCGAAGCAGCUCAUUGAGUCAGCCAUCAAGCAAAUGACCCAUGAGAUCACAUCAUCUUGCCAAGCCCUCAAGCAGAUAUGUAGUGGCUUCAAUCUUGUUGAUGAACUUGUCAUCACAAUCACACAGAUGGAGAUGGAGGCCAAGCUACUGACCUCGUUCGAGGCCAGACGAUCCGCCGACACGAUGAUCCAACAUGUCAAGAUGAUCUCGGACAGUCUUAGCAAGGACAAGAGCUUCCAAAGGUUGCCUCGUCCAGUCUACUCAUUGGAUGACGAUGAUUAUGAUGAUGAUGAUGAGUUGUUUGUUGAUAGUGACGACAGCGAUGAUGAUGACUGUCCUCCAGUUGGUGACCCUGCACCAGACCAGAACCAACACCUGAAGAUCCAGAUUGCCAAUCUCCAAGCGCAGUUGGACAGGCAGCAACAAUCAAACAUUUCAUUGUCAGAGCUAGCACAACUACAACAGAAGGUGGAAGUGCUGCUCAAGUUCGGAGCACAGCCACUCUAUGGUAGUCCAAUGGGUCCAUGCAAGGUGUGUACCACUCCAUGGACCAUGCUAGCUGAUGAGGCGUCAUUCUUCCAGGGCAAGGGAAUACCACUGCCAAGGACCUGUCGUCCAUGUCGUGUUGUCAAGAAACAACUUGCUGACGAUGCAUCAGCAGGACUACUGCCAGUGUAUAGUCCUACUCCUACUCAUACAACGACUAGACGAUUGUCUCCUGUCGGUCAGACCAAGCGCUGCACGCUGUGCUACAAGUCAUGGAUAUUGAAUGCGAGUGAACAAUCAUUCUAUGUCAGACGUGGUUUACCAUUGCCAAAGAAGUGUCAUGGUUGUAGAGAUGCACAGAAGCAUGCUGUUGGCAGGGUCGGUAGAGUGCUAGAUCAUCAUCAGCAAUCGCAUCGACGAAGUUUUUAUGAUGGAGCCUCCACCUUGCGAUGCGAUUGGGAUUGA